GGAAGCGGAAGGGGGCUGAGAAGGUUCAAUCAACUGACGUGUCUCUCCGAGGAGAGGGCUGGAAUCGGUGCUCCUGUUUGAUCCUUCCCUUUUCCGCGUUGAGAGCGGCCGAGAUGGGGCUUAAAUUCCUUGAAAUAAUCAAGCCCUUCUGUGUUAUCUUGCCUGAGAUCCAAAAGCCAGAAAGGAAGAUCCAAUUUAAAGAAAAGGUACUAUGGACAGCCAUCACCCUCUUCAUCUUUCUGGUUUGCUGCCAGAUUCCCCUGUUCGGCAUUAUGUCAUCAGAUUCGGCAGAUCCCUUCUACUGGAUGAGAGUAAUUCUGGCUUCAAACAGAGGCACACUGAUGGAACUGGGCAUUUCUCCCAUUGUCACCUCUGGUCUCAUCAUGCAGCUGCUGGCCGGUGCCAAAAUCAUUGAAGUUGGGGACACGCCAAAAGACAGAGCUCUCUUCAAUGGGGCACAGAAAUUGUUUGGCAUGAUUAUCACUAUUGGGCAGUCUAUCGUUUAUGUAAUGACUGGGAUGUAUGGAGACCCAUCCGAAAUGGGAGCAGGAAUCUGCUUGCUAAUCACGAUUCAGCUCUUUGUUGCCGGGUUGAUAGUUCUUCUUUUGGAUGAGCUUCUGCAAAAGGGAUACGGUCUUGGUUCUGGAAUUUCCCUCUUCAUUGCCACUAACAUCUGCGAGACUAUAGUAUGGAAGGCUUUCAGCCCAACCACAGUAAACACUGGCCGAGGCAUGGAGUUCGAAGGUGCCAUCAUUGCCCUCUUCCAUCUGCUGGCCACCCGCACAGAUAAAGUCAGAGCUCUCAGGGAAGCCUUCUACCGCCAGAACCUCCCCAAUCUCAUGAACCUCAUUGCCACCAUAUUUGUCUUUGCUGUUGUCAUUUACUUCCAGGGUUUCAGAGUUGACCUCCCUAUCAAAUCUGCUCGCUACCGUGGCCAGUACAAUACCUACCCAAUCAAACUAUUCUACACCUCCAAUAUUCCCAUCAUUCUUCAGUCUGCACUUGUGUCCAACUUAUAUGUGAUCUCACAGAUGCUCUCUGCUCGUUUCAGUGGCAACUUGUUGGUUAGCCUCCUGGGCACUUGGUCCGAUACAUCCACUGGAGGCCCUGCUCGUUCCUAUCCUGUGGGCGGGCUUUGUUAUUAUCUGUCGCCUCCUGAAUCUUUCAGCUCGGUGUUAGAAGACCCUGUCCAUGCAGUCGUAUACAUUGUGUUUAUGUUGGGCUCCUGUGCAUUCUUCUCUAAAACCUGGAUUGAGGUCUCUGGUUCCUCUGCCAAAGAUGUUGCUAAACAACUGAAAGAGCAACAGAUGGUUAUGAGGGGUCAUAGAGAAACCUCCAUGGUUCAUGAACUCAACAGAUACAUUCCUACAGCAGCCGCGUUUGGUGGCCUCUGCAUCGGUGCCCUCUCUGUGCUGGCAGACUUCCUUGGUGCAAUUGGAUCAGGCACUGGGAUCUUACUGGCUGUCACUAUUAUUUACCAGUACUUCGAAAUCUUUGUAAAGGAGCAGAGCGAAGUUGGCAGCAUGGGAGCACUUCUCUUCUAAAUGCAUUGUCCUAUGGACCCUAGGGGAGGUUGAAGAGUGUUCUAGGAUUUUUUUAAAAAAUCAGGUGAAAAAGAUUAACAGCAACACAGUAACAUGGUGCAUUGCAUUAAUAGGAACACAUAUUUUAAUGUUUUCCAAAGCACAUUCCUUUGGUUCAGACUCUGUUAGUAUUCGGUUGUUGUUUUAUAAAUUGCUGGAAGAUGUGCAAAAAAAUCCUUUUUAGAAAAUAA